AUGGACUACGACAGAUACGACGCUACCCUCCAUUACAUCUUCAAACAAACUCAAGGUGACGCUUGGUUCAGGCCACAUGAAGAUUCAGUACCCCCAGGCGUAUGUCUUCGUACACAUGACGGUCAAUUCAGAGUAUUCCCAUACGAGACUGCCGCACUCGCUCCAUUCGAGGCUGCAGUAGCUGCACUCAAUCCACUCGUAGCAGUAAAGGUUCGAAGCGCUGCUGUACACGCUGCACUAGCAGAACAAGCUGUCGAUGACUGCAUCUAUGUCGACUCGAAUACUCGCAUCCAAGUACUCGAUUCCAUGGUUCUCCUUCCACAAGCAGAAAAGGAUCAAAACGCUGCUUUCAUCCGUGAUGAACGUGUCCUCGUCGUUUGGAGCGACUCCCUCGAUACAAUCAUCCCUAUCGCACGUGACUUUGAGGAUCGUCUCAUUCGUCUGCUCUGGCGUACAAAACCACCUCCACCCUCCACCCACGAACUAUCCAUAUACUCGGAGAAACCAGUCGAUCCUCGUCUAACUCCCUCAUCCACUGUAAACUCUGAAUCUCCAAAACCGACUGUCGAACAAGAUCCAGAAAAGGUUUCCCAAAAACAAUCUCAUCGUCCAAUCAUGCUAUACGCUCCUGUAUACAACGGUCUCUCCGCUGCACUCGCUCUCAUUUUCAUCGGCAACGGCAUGAGCACACUCCUUAAAGAAUUUCGCCUAGACGGCAACUACACUCAUUUCGCUCUUUGUGCUGUCAUGCCUCUUCUCUUUUGUGUAUCCUUGUUCUUCACUCUUCAAAUCUUUCAAAACAUCACAUUCGCAAUCGGUCCUAUCGCUCAUUACCACCAAAACAGUCGUUACUACUCUGCAAUCCCACCACUUCCAAACCCAGCCAUAGACAAUACACUCCCUCACAUCACAAUACAAAUGCCCGUUUACAAAGAAAGUCUCGCCACAGUCCUAACACCCUCUCUCACUUCCCUCAAAAAAGCAAUGCAGACCUAUGCACGCCACGGCGGCACAUCAAGCCUCUUCAUCAACGACGACGGCCUCCGCCUCCUCCCUCCAGACCAAGCCAAGGAACGUAUCGAGUACUAUGCAACCCACGGAAUCGGCUGGAUUGCAAGACCACGACACGGACAUGAGGGCUUCGUGCGCCCGGGUCGCUUCAAAAAAGCCUCCAACAUGAACUACGCACUCGACGUCUCCCUCCGCCUCGAACGCAUCCUCGAGGAACUCCAAUCACCUCAUAACUACAACUCGUAUAGCCACCCUGCCUCUUUUGCCCAUCAAACCCAAAUCCCCAAUUCAAGCAGAGAUAGCAACAUAUUCACCCCUCCCAACCCGCCCUUCCACCGCGCCAGUGUCAGUACCACAUACAGCGCUCACACUGCGCAAACAGAAGGAGGGAGCAUCGUUAGUGUACCCGGGCAGUCCCCUGGGACGUACGGGGUGCAGUACAUCGGGAGAGAUGGAGACGAUCAGGGAUUUAUUCCUCCUUUUCUCAACGGGAGUGGUAACGGCAGCGUGCCCGGAACGCCUAGACCGGGCAUGGUAGGCACUCCACGGACCAUCAGCCCUGAACCUCCUACACUCGCAGGGACGCAUAUCGAAGACAUCGAAGAGCGGGCUCUUCAACUAGCCAUGGAAGAAGUACUCCAAACAUCCCAAACAGGACACAGACCCUGGGCAGCAAACGCCCGUGCCUGCCGAAUCGGGAGCAUUAUCUUAUUGGUAGACGCUGAUACAGUCGUACCGGCAGAUUGUUUUAGGGAUGCGGCAAGAGAGUUUGGGGAGGACGAGGGUGCCGAAGUUGGGGUUCUACAACACGAGAGCGACGUCCUCCAAGUAGCCCACCACUACUUUGAAAACGCCAUCGCUUUCUUCACCCGCCGAAUUAACAAAUGUAUAAGUAUGAUGUGCGCAAACGGGGAAGUGGCGCCUUUUGUCGGGCAUAAUGCGUUUUUGAGGUGGAGUGCAUUGCAGGAUGCGGCGUUUGGCGGGGGAGAUGUUAAUUCUUCUUCUUCGGCUGCACCGUCUUCUACUCCUAAUCCUGGGUCGGGUCCUAGAGCCCAAGUCAAGAUCUGGAGUGAGGAUAAUGUCAGUGAAGAUUUCGAUAUGGCGUUGAGGCUUUUGAGACAGGGGUAUAUCGUUAGAUGGGCGACCUACUCUAAAGGCGGAUUCAAAGAAGGUGUAUCGCUCACUGUCGAUGAUGAGUUGAAUCGGUGGCAGAAGUAUGCGUAUGGGUGUAAUGAGCUCCUCUUCAACCCCUUCGUCAAAUGGUUAUACAAAGGCCCCAUCAGCCACCAGAUCCACAGGUUCAUAUGGAGCCCUGCACCACUCCAUUACAAGAUCUCGAUGAUGGCUUACAUGUUCUCAUACUACGGAAUAGCAGCCUCAGCGACCAUCUCCCUCAUCAACUAUAUCAUGCUCGGUUUCCAAUUCCCCACAGACGAUUUCUACAUGCACAGUUUCGAAAUCUGGCUCGCUACCUUUGUGGUAUUUUUCGGAGCAGGGAAUGUGGGGCUAUGUACUUUUGCAGUAUAG